AAGGGUGGAGGUUUAGAGAGGGAGAGAUUCUUCUCUUCCUCUUGCUCUUCCUCUUCGUAAUCUCUCCUCCAUUUUUUUCUUCUCUUCAUUGACAAUGCUGGUUCAAAUGACAAGCAGCAAGCAGUCAAAAAUGGCGAUCUGAUCUGAAGCUGAAACCUGUUGAGUUCAUGGAAGAAGGCUCAAGCCUGUCGAUCGCCGCCGUGGCCGUAGAUAAGGACAAGAACAGCAAAAAUGCCAUGAAAUGGGCCAUGAACAACCUCACCCACUCAUCAGACAUCAUCCUCAUCCACGUCAGGAGCAAAUCCUCUCUCACAGAAGUUAGCUCUGAGGUCACCAGAGAACAAGCAGAUGCAGAGAUAAAUCAGUUGUUCCUUCAUUACAGAGUGUUUUGUGCGAGCAAAGGGAUGCAGGUGAAGGAGAUAGUACUUGAAUGCGCAGAUAUUUCAAAGGCCAUAGUUGAUUACAUCAAUACUAAUUAUAUCCAAAACAUCGUUGUAGGGGUCUCUAACAAGAGUCUGCUCAUGAAAAAAUUCAGACAUCCUGAUGUUCCAAGCUGUUUGAUUAAAUUAGCACCAGACUUCUGUACUGUUUAUGUCAUUUCCAAAGGUAAGCCAACCACAGUUCGAUCAGCAAAAAGUCCAUCUCCUUCAAUUGCUAUUCCUCCUAGACAAUUUCCUCUGCUAACUUCUCAAAAUCUCACUUCUGACCCUGAAGGCUCAGCCAGGAUAUCAGCAAAGGUGAACUGGAGAGGUUCAGCUCCAGCAACUCCACAACAUGAAAGGACAGAAAGAAGAUCACUUGAUAGAUUACCAGAUUUUAUGAAGACAAAUUUAAGGGAUGGGUCUCUUUCCAUUGGUCAUUCAGCACCUGAUAGUCAGAUUUUGGAUAAAAAUGAUUCUUCGAGCAGGCCUCGGAGAUCUGCUGACUAUCAUGACUUGCUUCCAGAUGAAAUUGAUCUAAUGAGAGGCCUUGGCUUCAGUUCCAUGGAUUUUGGAGACUCAUUUGAACAUUCUUUGGCCUCCAUGAAUAGCCCAAGAAGCAGCCUCUCCCCCAUUGCUAGUCAUAAUCGAGAGCUUGAGACUGAGAUGAGAAAGCUGAAACUUGAGCUCAAGCAAACAAUGGAGAUGUACAGCAAUGCUUGCAAAGAGGCAAUUACAGCUAAACAGAAGGCUAUGGAGCUUCAACAAUGGAAACUUGAAGAAUCCAAGAAAUUUGAGGAACUGAAGCAAGCUGAAGAAGCAGCUCUUGCAAUAGCAGAAAUGGAGAAAGCAAAAUGCAAAGCCGCCAUUGAAGCUGCUGAAGCGGCAAAAAGGAUUGCAGAACUUGAGUCACAGAAGAGAAAGAAUGCUGAAAUUAAAGCUCGGCGUGAGGCGGUGGAGAAGAAGAAAGCAUUGGAAGAGCUGGUUCAUAAUGAUAUCAGAUAUAGAAAAUACACAAUUGAGGAGAUUGAAGAUGCUACUAAUAAGUUCGCAGCUGAAAGAAAGAUUGGUGAAGGUGGCUAUGGACCAGUUUACAAGGGUUAUUUGGAUCAUACACCGGUUGCCAUAAAAAUAUUAAAACCAGAUGCAGCACAGGGGAGGAAACAAUUUCAGCAAGAGGUUGAAGUUUUGAGCUGCAUUCGACAUCCCAACAUGGUGCUACUCCUCGGCGCUUGCCCGGAAUACGGAUGCUUGGUAUACGAGUUCAUGGACAAUGGGAGCUUAGAUGAUCGGCUCUUCCGGAGAAGAAACACCCCACCUCUUCCAUGGAAUGUUCGAUUCAAAAUAGCGGCAGAGAUAGCAACGGCACUACUGUUUCUGCACCAGACCAAACCAGAACCGCUUGUUCAUCGAGAUCUCAAGCCGGCCAACAUCCUAUUAGAUCGAAAUUAUGUUAGCAAGAUCAGUGAUGUCGGUCUGGCCAGACUCGUCCCACCAUCCAUAGCCGAUAGUGUGACACAAUACCACAUGACUUCAGCAGCAGGAACAUUUUGCUAUAUUGAUCCUGAAUACCAACAAACUGGAAUGCUGGGAGUGAAGUCUGAUGUUUACUCUCUCGGAGUAAUGCUGCUUCAACUUAUCACGGCAAAGCCACCGAUGGGUCUCACUCAUCAUGUCGAGAGAGCGAUUGAGAAAGGAACAUUUUUGCAGUUGCUCGAUCCGGCAAUCACUGAUUGGCCUGUAGAACAAGCUCUUGAUUUUGCAAAACUUGCGCUAAAAUGUGCUGAAUUGAGGAGAAAGGACAGGCCUGAUCUUGGAGCGGUGGUCUUUCCGGAGCUUAACAGACUAAGAGAGGUUGGGAAUGAAUAUAAAACUAGCCACCAGCAUAGUGUAACAAAGCACAACUUUCCACCAAGACCGCAUAGCUACAACAAUCUGCAGCGAAGAUCGAGGUUGCUUGUGCAAAAGGAAAAGGCCGUAAACAAUUCAAGCGGAGCGACGAAGUGGAAAUUGGAAUCUGACAGUGAUUUUAAGGCCGGAUAAAUAUUAAAUAUUUGAAGGAAUGGUUGUGUGUUGAUGGUUUUGGGUUUUGAGUUUGGUGAGAAGUGCAAUGUAAUUUGAUGGUUGUCGAGUGAACGUAGGACUGACAAUCACUAACAUUGAAUUUGUUAUAUUUUUCACUUGAAUGGAUUGUAUGAUCCUAAGCUUGCAAUAGCCACACAGUUAAAAACACUGUAACACAAACUUGUAGGUUUCAAAUAUCUAUAUUGAGACUAAGUGGAAUAGUUUUACAUGGUUUAGCAAAUCUU